AUGAUUGCCGCGACGCAUCGAUCUGUCCUCGAGCCGUCCCCGGACCCUGGACAGAAUCGAUAUCACCAUGCAGCGAGUAAAUAUCUGAGCAAGACGCUGCGUGGAUUUCAAGAUGCCUUGUCAAAUUCCAUCUCAAGCACACCCGCAGAUGCACUCAUGGCCGUUUCGCUACUACUGUAUCAUUAUGCGUGGUCUAGCGUAGACCAUGCCGCGGUUUUAUUUGCCUUACCAAACUCGCCCACUGUUUCUCGUGAGCUCACCAGCAGUCUUAAUCUUGCCGCUGAUCCACUACUAAAUCUAUCGGUUGGCCUACGGUAUCUGUUCCUGAAAAUGGGUGCUCUUGCUCCAAAUAGUGAAAGUCCAUGGCGUCAGUAUGCACGUGAGAGACCUCGUGUCCGGAUUGUCCAGGCCGUGCGACGACAGCAACAGGGGCAUGACGUCUUGGGCCAAAUGGAGUCGUAUCUGCUGGGAGGAUACCGGUCGGAUACAGCUACAUUGCAAUUGUCCGCAGACAGUCUGGUCAACGACACAGCGGCCCUUGCAGCAUAUUCAGAGUCGGCAGGUCGCUUAGCACCUAUUUUGGCCGUGCAAUCCUCUUCAGUUGCCGUUCGGGAUGAUCAAGUUAUUAGCAGCGAUUCCGAUCCUUCCUCUGAUCCUGCAGUCCGGCUCUCUGAUAUCAUUCGAUACCUCUUCUCCUAUCCCAUUCACUUCUGCGACACGUUCCGGUCACUUGUAGCGGCGCAUGACCGACGAGCUCUGUUCCUCCUGCUACACUUUUUCCGCGCGGUUGGUCGUCUACUACCACCGGGCCGUUGCUGGUGGGCCCAGCGUCGAGCAAUCCUGUUAGAACACCAACUCGAAUGCUUUCUGAAUGAUCAGUCUGCCGUCUUGGAGCAGGAUUCCUUGAUGAGGCCUACUUCUUCACGGUUGGACGCGGGUGCAGAGUAUGCGCUGUAUCCGGUCCGUGAUUGGUUGGAUGGCGAGUGUAUUCAUGGCCAGUUUUAG